AUGGAAGGGUGUUCCUCCUCAGACGCUCCACUCCUCAAGAGGUUAGAAGGGAAGGUGGCCCUAAUAACCGGUGGAGCCAGUGGCAUAGGCGAAGCCACUGCCAAGCUUUUCCUACGCCACGGUGCCAAGGUCCUCAUCGCCGACAUCCAAGACAACCUCGGACACUCCCUUUGCCACAGCCUUAACUCCAACAACAUUUCCUAUGUUCAUUGUGACGUCACUAACCUUAGCGACGUCCAGGCCGCUGUCAACGCUUCCGUCACAAGGUACGGAAAGCUGGACAUCCUGUUCAGUAACGCCGGCAUCGGUGGCCGUUUGGAAUCUUCCAUCAUGGCCCUCGAUCCCGCUGACCUAAAGAGGGUUUUCGAGGUCAACGUUUUUGGCGCUUUCUACACCGCUAAACACGCCGCCGAGGUGAUGGUUCCCAGAAAAAGAGGGAGCAUUGUGUUCACCUGUAGCGCUGUUUCGGUGACUCACGCGGGUUCGCCACACGCGUACACGGCGUCGAAGCACGCGGUGGUGGGUCUGAUGAAGAACCUGUGCGUGGAACUGGGGAAGCAUGGAAUCAGAGUGAAUUGCGUUUCGCCGUACGCAGUAGCGACUCCUCUGAUGAGACGUGAAAUGGGGAUGGAGAAGGAGUUGAUAGAGGAAGUGUUUUCGGAGGCGGGAAACUUGAAUGGGGUGGUUCUGAAGGAAGAGGAUGUGGCUGAAGCAGCUUUGUUUCUUGCUAGUGAUGAAUCGAAAUACGUGAGUGGGGUGAAUCUAGUUGUGGAUGGAGGUUACAGUGUUAACAAUGUUGCCUCUGGCGAAAUAGCUUUAAGAAAGUUUUCUGCUAAUUAA